AUGGAUUUACACAUAAAAAAAAAUAAUUACGAAGAAGUUUUGAAUGAAGUUAUAAACAUAGAAAAACAAGUAAAUUCUAAUUUUGAUUUAAAUGAAAAAACAAAUAAAAAUAUAAAAUUAAUAGAUAAAAUAAAUUAUAAUAAUAAAGACGAUGUAAAUAACAAUAACGAAUCAAAUUUUGAUAAAAAAAAAGAUAACACUACCACUAAAGAGAAUAAUGAAAAACACAUUUUAGAUGAUAAUUUGUAUUUAACUAAUUCUGAAAAAAUUUGUGAUAAUUAUUGUGAUGAUAAUUAUGAAUUAAUUAAUAAAGAAAAGAUAGAAGAUAAAUUAAAAGAAUUAACGAAAAAUGAAGAUAAAAAAAAUGAAAUUAUCAAUAAAAGUUUUGAACAAAGUAAUAAAAAUAUUGAGAUCAAAAAUAAUGAUAAAGAAAAUAAAAAUGAAAAUAAUAGGGAAAAUAUAAUAAAAGAUUCUGAUGAAAAAGAGUACAUUUCAGAUAAGGUUGAUGGUGAGGAAAAAAAUAAUAAUGAAACUAUUAGUAAUUAUAAGAAUGAAUGUAAUAAGGAAGAAAUUAAAUUUGAGAAAAAAAAAAAAAGAAGCGACAAAAUAAAAAAAGAAAGACAAAAUGAAAUGAUGAUUGCAUAUUGGUUAAAGGGUAUUAUUAAUAUAUUAAAUGAAGGAUUCAAAAAUGGAGACGUUAAAGGAAGUCAUUUAGUUGGGAAAAAAAUUGCAGAAGUGUUAAAAAAGGUGGUUGAAGUAUCCCAGUGGAAUAGUGUACAUGAUUUAAUUGAAAUUAUAAAAUAUUUAGGAAAGGAAAUUAUAAAAAAUAAUAAGAUGUUUUUUGUUAUACCCAAUAUAAUAAGAAGAGUAUUAACCAUAAUAAGGACAGAGCAUUUUAAACAACUGUAUUUAUAUAAUAAUAAUUAUAUUGAUAAUUUAAAUAAAAGUAAAGAUAUAAGUGAUAAAUUAAAUAACAUUUGUAUUAAUAAUAAUUUAAAGUAUGAACGAGAGAUUAAAAAUUUUGAGAGAUCUUUUUCUCUUUAUUUUGAAAAUACUUCCAAUGAAAGUACUUAUAAGAUACCAGCAACCAGCACACUAAAGCAUUCUAUUAUUGAAGGAGUAUCAGAAUUAAUUGCAGAAAUAGAUAUAUCAUGGGAAGAAGCUGAACAAAGAACUUCAUAUGAUUUAUUCAUGGAAAAUGAUGUCAUUUUAACAUUGGGAUAUUCUGUUGGAGUUGAAAGGUUUUUAAAAACAAUAAAUAAAAAAAAAGAUGGUAUUUCCGUUAUAGUUGUUGGAGGAGAUAUAAAUAGAAGUGGGUUUCGAAUGGCAAAAUUGCUAAGUGAAGACGGAGUUGAUACAACAUAUAUAUCUGAUUCGGCUGUUUUUGCAGUUAUUCCAAAAGUUACAAAAGUUGUUUUAGGAUCAGUAGCUGUUUCAUCUUCAGGUGGCGCAAUCACAAAAGUUGGUGGUUAUAACAUUGCUUGUUCAGCACAAUUCAAUUGUAAACCUGUAACUAUUGUAUUACCAUUAUUUAAGUUAAUAUAUGUUCCUUUAUAUGAUCCUUUAAAACAAAAUGAGUUACAACCUGGUCCAUCAAUGAUAUAUAAUGAUACUGAAAAUUUAUAUGUUAGAAUUCCCAAAUAUGAUUAUAUACCUGAACAUUUAAUAACUUUAUAUAUAACUGAAAUGGGACUAGUAGACUCUUUUCAAUUAUAUAAUAUUACAAAAAAAAAAUAUCAUCCAGAUGAUUUGGAUUUGAGCUUUGAUUAA